AUGUAUCACAGGUUAGUCCAGAAGCUUGAAGCCCUUGCUACGGCGCCACACUUGACAAAUGCAAAUGUUUCCUCCAAACUCUACAAAUUCUACUUCGAUCCACCGCCGUGUUUCAUCGCAAAACUUUCUCCAGAAUUGCUCUCCGAAAUAUUUAUUCUCCGCUGUCAGGGAAACCUCAGCAACGCCAGUGUCAUCGCCUCUGUUUGUACACGGUGGCGUGAUGUUGUAAUCGCCGAGUCCAGGCUCUGGGUGUCCAGGAUAUCUGUGGAUGUUGACGACUUGGGCGAACUGUGCGCCGUUUCAUACAUCCAUUCGCCGAGCAUGCUUUUGUCCACCGCCCUCAGACGAUGGGAAACAAUCAAGCUCGACUUCUGUUUCGUCACUAAUGACGUUCACGGAAAAGCGUUAGCGAUGUCCCUUUUCUCGACUCUGCUACAACAUCGGUCCCGCUGGAGGUCGGUCUACCUAUGCGUCAGCCCGUUAUCGCAUGUUAUUAUCCCAUGGUGCUAUAAAAGGGACUUCUGCAGUCUUGAGUCAUUCACCAUCGAUAUCCCUGGUUGCCAGGAGCCCGUCCACUAUGAAUGGAUGUAUGAUCUACUGUCCAAAAUCGGUCACGCUCCUAGUCUCGCUUCCCUCAAUGCACCUAUAUUCCCGUACAAUCUUUCUCAUCGCCGCAUCUUACCAUCGAAUGCGUUUUCUCAACUGACGCACUUCGAGGCACAACAAUGCGACCUAUCUUCCUUUGUCGAGCUCAUUUUGAGCGCUGCACGCACUUCUCUCGUAUCGUGCAGCGUUACGAGCUUCGCCUUCAGCGUGCCCUUCUUCCAGGCAGCAUUUUUAUUGCCCAAACUGGAAGCUUUAACACUGCCAUUCCCAGGCAGUAAUAGCUUUUAUUAUGACCGGGUCUUCAGUUCACUGCUCGUCCCUGAGCUGAAGGAGCUGACGCUUUGCGGACAUUUCUGUCGCAAUGGAGGCGAGAUGGAGUUGAUUAGGAGGCUGAUCAAGAAGUCGGGUUGCCAGGUCAAAAAAUUGCAGCUUGCGCCUAUGACAGUGACAGACCUCGAAUUUGCUCGAUCUAUAUUGGUAGGCAUACCCUUAAUUACACUUACAGAUACUUGA